AUGGAUUCAGGUAACAGCGGCAGUAUUCAGUCCUCCAGCGGCGGCGGCGGCGGCGGAGACGACGAUUAUGACCACCCAGUUGACUCCAUCGCCUCCUUUCUCUCACCUUCCAGCGGCGCCUCCUUCUCCUCUCUCUACCACCACCUCGAUCCACUCUCCGGCUACCUCGAUACCUUAUUGCCGCCGCCGCCUGCCGCGUCCAAUUCCGUCCUCCAUCCAGACUUAUCGUGGGAACGCUCCUUGUCGGCACAGCCCCUGCUGGGCACCUCAUCCCCGCCGCCGCCGUCUCUUCCCUCCGCCGUGCUGCAGAGCGCCGCCGCCGCUGCCGCCAUUCCCCCUGCCUCCUCACGGGGAUCCAAGAAAAGGUCGCGGACAUCGAGAAGGGCGCCGAUCACCGUCCUCACGACCGACACCUCCAAUUUCCGCGCCAUGGUUCAGGAGUUCACAGGCGGUCCCUCGCCGUCCUUUUUCCCGCCGCUGCGACCCGCUCUCUUAUCCGGCGCUGACAUGGCCGACGCCCCUCCCCGCUGUCUCCUCCAGCCGUUCCCACAAAAGCUCCCCCUUUUCUGCUCCUCCUCCUCUUCCCCUUCUUCUGCCACUCCCCCCACCCUCGAUAAAGCGGGUCCUCCAAGAACAGUUUCUGCUGCUACUGCACCAUCUACCUCCAUGAUGAUCACGAACGCGACCUCUUUUCCUCCGGGUCCUGCUGACCAGCCCAAGAAUUUGCUAAACAUGGCCAACUUCCAGUUCCUCCACCACCGCACAUCGGGAAAGUAUGACCCCCCAACCAUGGCCAGCAUCGCCCCCGAGAGAUCCACGCAGGGAACCACGCCGUUGGCAUUCGCGUCGUCGCCGGCGGCGGGAGCUUACCCUGACGCCAGCCAUGCUUACGCGUCUGCGGGCACUCUUCCAGCCGUAUCGGAGAUUACGGCGGCGUUGACUGCUGGCGGCGGCGGCGGCGCAAGAUUUGAUGAUCCACUGCGGCUGAUCGAGGCUUUCGGCGGCGGCGUCGACGGUGGUGAUCGGGGGCAAUUCAAGUCCGCCGUCAGGAAGUAUGGUAACUCUGAUAAGCUGAGGGUGUCGCCGCAGGACAUCGAGGCAGAGAAAGGAUCAGAGAGUGCUCCCUCAAGGAGAGGAGGUACGUUCGAUUCAUUGGUCGGUUCUUUACAUUGA